AUGAGUUUUAUCCAGCCAGUGGAGUAGAGGAUCCCUCACAUCCCACCUGCAGUCAUGAAUGGUGGCUUUUCUAUUUGGGCUAUAACUCCAGAAGAGAGGGGGAAACAUGACAAACAGUUUGACUCGCUGGCUCCCACCCUGGGAUAUUUGUCGGGAGAUCAAGCAAGAAAGUUCUUCCUCCAAUCUGGUCUUCCCACAUCGGUCCUGGCAGACAUCUGGGCUCUGGCGGACAUAGGAAAGGAUGGGAAGAUGGACAGAUUGGAGUUCUCUAUUGCAAUGAAACUAAUUAAACUGCAGCUGCAGGGUCAGCCACUUCCGUCCAGCCUGCCGAUCAUCAUGAAGCAGACGCCCACCCCUGUGAUGACGUCAUCGUCACGCUUCGGUAUGGGCUCCAUGCCAAAUCUCUCCGCCAUGUCGGUGAUGCCCAUCCUAACACCCAUCCCCACAUGCCCUGUCAUGGCCCCUUUAGUUCCUGUGCCCACCCUGAUAUCUGGGCCACUGCCUCAGAUGCCCAACUCUAUCAGUGUGCCAGCCUUACCUAACGGCAAUGCAACUCUCCUCACACCAACACCAGCAUUCCCAGUCUCCAGUGGUUUGACUAAAUCUCACUCUCUCCUGGACCUUGGCUCUAGCAGUUCUAACUCGUCCUCCACCACCUCCCUUGCGAGUAACUCCCCGAAAACGAGUAGUUCUGAUUGGGCAGUGCCUCAGUCAUCCCGUCUGAAGUACCGACAACUGUUUAACAGCCUGGACAAGCUAAUGAGUGGAUACCUGUCAGGUCCCCAGGUCAGAAAUGCCCUCACAGCUUCAAACCUCACACAAACACAGCUUGCCACUAUAUGGUUUCUGGCUGAUGUGGAUCGUGAUGGGCAGUUGAGAGCAGAAGAGUUUAUUUUAGCGAUGCAUCUGGUUGAAAUGGCCAAGACAGGGCGGCCUUUACCUCUCACUUUACCUCCCGACCUUGUGCCUCCUUCACUCAGAACAACUAAGUCAUGUGACCUGCUAAACGGACCUGUUCCUCUGAUUAGCACUGAGCUGAUUGAGCCAGAACUGCCACAGAAAAACAAGAGCAAUGUUUCAUAUGAAGACAAACUGAGGGAAAAUUUCCAGAGGGGAAACGCAGAGCUGGAGAAGCGUCGCCUGGCUCUUCAGGAGCAGCAGAGGAGAGAGGAGGAGCGCAGGAGAGAAGAGGAGAGGCGAGAGGAGGAGAAGAGACAGCAGAAGGAAAGAGAGGAGCGAGAGAGGAGAGAGAGAGAAGCGCGAGAAAUGGAGAUCAGGAGACAGAGAGAGGAGGAGCGCAGGAUGGAGAGACAGAGAGAGCUGGAGCGACAGAGAGAGGAGGAACGACUGAAAGAAUUAGAGCGGCGAGAGGCAAGUAGAGCAAGCAAGGACAUACAGAGGGAAGCUGAGCGACAAAGACGGAGGGAAUGGGAGAAGAGCAAACGUGUGGAGCUUCAGACUCAGAAAGAAAAGGAGCAGAAUGACAUACAGAGACUAAAGGACAGGAAGAGGAGUCUUGAGAUUGAGCUGGAGGCCGUGGGUAACAAGCAUAAGCAGAUCUCCAGUCAGCUGCGUGAUGCUAAGAGUAAGAGACAGGGGCAGUGGGCCGAGUUGGAGCUGAUCAACCAGAGGAGAGACGUCUGCAUUACUGAUAUCAACUCACUGCAGUUACAGUUUGAUGAGAUGCAGCGGCAGUUGAAUCAGCUGGGCCCUGAAAAGCAGCGACUGGCUGACAGACUUGUACAUUUUACCCAAAACAUCUCCAGUCCUUUGAUAAACGAUGUGAAACAGAGUGUGUGCGAGAAAGAUCGGAGCUGUCGGAAGCUUAAGGAGCAGCUGGAUGUUUUGGAGAGAGAAACCACGGCCAAACUCUCACAAAUGGAGCAGUACAACAAAGAAAUCAAGGAAUUGAGACAGAAGCAGAGCCAGCAGCAGGACGUCCUGGAGCAGCUCAGGAGGGUCAGAUCUGACAAACUCAAAGAGCUCCAGAGACACAGGAAAGAGGAAGAGGAGAGAAAGAGGAAGAAAGAAGAGGAGGCCGCCAGACAGGCCCAGUUGGAGCAGGAGCGGCUGGAGCAGGAGGAGGCUGAGCGGCAAAGGAAACUUGCACAGGAACGAGAGGCCAAACUCAGGGAAGAGCAGCAGCGGCAGGCUCUGGCCAGACUGCUGGAGGCUCAGGAGCAGGCCAGAGCCAAAGAGGAGAAGAGGAGAGCUGAGGAGAAGGAGAGGAAUGAGCUAGAUGUACACACUCAAUCCAGUCUGCCUUUCAACAGCACAGAGAACAACAUUUUGCAGCCAGUAGUGAUCCCUGAAGUCACGUGUAGUUCUCUGACCACCUACAGAGCUCUCUAUCCCUUCACUGCACGCAACUCAGACGAGCUCACGCUGGAGGCAGACUGUUUCAUCCAGGUGGAUGAAUCGACAGUCAGAGAGACCGGCUGGCUGUAUGGCAGUUACAGUGGAAACAGAGGCUGGUUUCCAGAGAGCUAUGCUGAGAGAUGCAGUAAAGACAGUCAGACUCAACCGACCGCAGCUGAAACUGAGUCCACUGCGCCCUCUGCCAACUACCCUGGAAUUCCUCGAGUGGACAUAGAAGGACCAACACCGACACACACCCCAGUAUCCACAAACACACAGCACUCACAGGCUGUUGCUCUGUGUGAGUGGAGCGCUAAGACUGACAGUCACCUGGGCUUCUGCAAGGACGACAUUAUUACAGUUCUGGAGAAGCAGGAGAACUGGUGGUACGGAGAACUCAAGGAGAAACGGGGCUGGUUCCCCUGUUCACAUGUCUCUGUGGUCACCACCAAUAAUACACAGAGCGAUUUUGACAUGCCUGCUGGAAAUCUUUUAAGUGUUUUGGUGUCUCUUUUAGGCCUCUGUAUUCUAGCGUGGAGGAGAUUGAAGUGUCAGACUCUGGUUUGCUUGAUGUAUGUGGCUCUGUACACGUAUGAGAGUCCGGAGUCAGGAGACCUGACGUUCAGUGCAGAGGAUGUGGUUCUGGUUACAGAGAAAGAAGGAGAGUGGUGGAGAGGCUGUAUUGGUGACCAGACCGGCCUUUUCCCCUCCAACUAUGUUAAACCCAAAGAACCUGAUACUGCCAGUUCUGCAGUUCCCAGUAAAAAGCCAGAAAUUGCUCAGGUGACUACAGUCAGUCCUGCAACAACACCAGAGCAGCUGAGUCUGACACCUGGCCAGCUGAUCGUGGUGCUGCAUAAGAACUCAAACAGCUGGUGGCUUGGUGAACUACAGGCACGGGGUAAGAAGCGUAAAAAGGGCUGGUUUCAAUCUUCUAAUGUCCGAUUACUGGAGGCCAACAGCGGCAAAAUAACACCUGCACCUCAACCAUUGUGUCAGGUUAUUGCAAUGUAUGACUACAAAGCAGCCAAUAAGGACGAGAUGAGCUUCCAGAAAGGUCAGCUGAUCACCGUACUGAACAAGGACAACCCUGACUGGUGGAAAGGAGAGGUCGCAGGGGUCACAGGGCUGUUUCCAACUAAUUAUGUGAAGAUGACCACAGAAUGUGAUCCAAGCCAGCAAUGGUGUGCUGACCUGCUUAGUUUAGACUCUAUGUGCACUGAGGAGAGGAAGAGGCAAGGCUACAUCCAUGAGCUCAUUCAGACAGAAGAGUCUUACCUGGAGGACCUGGAGCUGGCAGUGGAGGUGUUUUAUAAGCCAAUGGCAGAGUCGGGACGGCUGACCGAUGCUGAGAUGAGCAUGAUCUUUGUGAACUGGCGUGAAUUGAUCAUGUGCAGCACCAAACUCCUAAAAGCUCUGCGUGUGCGUAAGAAGACAGCAGGUGAGCGAAUGCCUGUGCAGGUGGUUGGUGAUAUCUUGUCCUCAGAGCUCUCUCACAUGCAGGCCUACAUUCGCUUCUGCAGCUGCCAGCUCAACGCAGCCGCUCUGCUGCAGCAGAAAACAGACAAAUCUCUCGACUUCAAACUCUUCCUCAAGAAAAUUGCCAGUAAUUACCGCUGUAAAGGAAUGCCACUGUCCAGCUUUCUCCUGAAGCCCAUGCAGAGGAUCACACGAUACCCACUGCUGAUCAAAAACAUUCUGGAAAACACCCCUCCGGCUCACGCUGACCACUCCAAUCUGCAGGCGGCGCUGGAGCAGGCGGAGGAGCUUUGCUCACAGGUGAACGAGGCCGUGAGGGAGAAAGAGAACUCCGACCGACUGGAGUGGAUCCAGAACCACGUGCUGUGUGACGGAGUCAUUGAGCACCUUGUUUUUAACUCUCUGACGAACUGCCUGGGCCCUCGAAAACUGCUGCACAGUGGCAAACUGCACAAGACCAAGAGCAGCAAAGAGCUCUGGGCCCUGCUGUUCAAUGACUUCCUGCUCCUCACAUACACCUCCAAACAGUUCUCAUCCAGCCCAGACAAACUCUUCAAUCCCAACUCCAACACGCAGUACAAGAUGUACAAGACGCCAGUGUUUCUGAAUGAGGUCUUGGUGAAAAUGCCCUCUGACCCGUCCAGCGAUGACCCAGUUUUCCACAUUUCACACAUUGAUCGUGUUUACACACUCAAGACUGACACUAUCAAUGAGAGGACGACGUGGGUGCAGAAGAUCAAAGCAGCAUCUGAUCACUUCAUAGAGACGGAGAAGCUGAAGAGAGAGAAGGCGUAUCAAGCUCGCUCUCAGAAGAACAGUGGCAUCGGUCGACUGCUGGUAACAGUGCUGGAAGCCACAGAGCUGAAGCCCUGCAAACCCAACGGGAAGAGUAACCCAUUCUGUGAACUAACCAUGGGCGCCCAGUGCUACACGUCCCGGCAUCAGCCCGACACGCUCAACCCAAAAUGGAGCUUCAACUGCCAGUUCUUCAUCAAAGACCUGUACCAGGAUGUCCUGUGCCUCACUGUCUUUGAGAGGGACCAGUUCUCUCCUGAUGAUUUUCUAGGUCGAACUGAAGUUCCUGUAGCGACAAUAAAAAAAGAUCAAGAUGGUAAAGGGCCACUGGUUCGACGUCUGCUGCUUCAUGAAGUCCCGACUGGAGAGGUUAAAGUGAGGCUUGAUCUGCAGCUCUAUGAACAAACACCUCACGUAUGA